AUGGCAGGUAAAGAUUGGGAAAUUGUACAAGAGAAAGCUUUUACUGCUUGGGUAAACUCUGUUUUAGAUAAGAGAGGUGAGAAGAUCUCUGAUGUCGCAAAGGACCUCAGUGAUGGUGUAAAAUUAAUAUUCUUCUUGGAGCUCAUCUCUGGUAAAAAGUUCAAUAAAAAGUUUGACUAUGAACCAAAGGCUCGUAUCAAUAUGAUUCAGAAUCUUGCAUUGGCUCUUCAUUUCCUCGAAGAUGAACUCAAGAUUAAAGUCCAAGGUAUUGGUGCUGAAGAUUUCGUUGACAAUAAUAAAAAGAUGAUUCUUGGUUUCCUUUGGACAUUGUAUCGUAAAUAUCGUAUUGCAGUUAUUAGUGAGGGUGACAAGAGCUCUGAGGAAGGUCUUUUGUUGUGGUGCAAGAAUACCACCACUGGAUAUAAUGGAGUCAAUGUAACAUCGUUCACCAAGACAUUCCGUGACGGUCUUGCCUAUUUGGCGUUGGCCCACAAGUUUGAUCAAUCACAAUUCAAUUUCGCAGACUAUGAAAAGUUGGAUCCAAUCGCCAGAUUGAAUGCCGCCUUUGAGUACGCAGAGAAGGGUCUCGGUGUGCCCAAGUUGCUCGAAGCCGAAGAGGUCAUGCGUGGAACCACCGAUGAGCGUUCUCUCGUUUUGUACACCUCGUUGUUCUUCCAUGCCUACCGUGCCAAGGAAGAAAAGGAGCGUUUGGAAGCCUCAAAGUCAGACCUCGCCUCCAAGUUGGCCGGUCUCCAAAACUCUUUGGAAAGCGAAAAGUUGUCACGUGAGCAACUCAUCAAGCAGAAGGACGAGUUGAAGAGUCUGUUGGCCAGUCUCGAGGGUGAAGCCGCCGAGCGUGAGAAAUUCCUCCGUGAGUUGGAAGCCAAGCUCGAAGAGAUUCUCAAGAACUUGGAGUUGGAGCGUUUGGCUCGUAUGGAGUUGGAGUCGCGUCUAUCCAAGAUGGAGAAGGACAAGGCUAUCUUGGAGUUGAAGUUGGCCGAAGCUCAGGACGAGAAGGCUCGUCUCGAGGCCCAGAUCGAAGCUGACCGUAUUCGUUCCGCUGCCGAGGCACAAAGCCUUGGUUUGUUGCGUAAACACUUGGAUCAACACGUACAAGAUUUAAUUAAAUGGCAGAAACUCUCGAUUGAAAACUCCUCUUCCACUUUCGACGACCAGAUCAUCGAGGAAGUCUCUGGUUUACCAUUCGGUGAGCAAGUUAAACAUUUGGCUACCAAACUGGAAGACGAAAACAAAGCCAUUCAAAAGUUGUUACUUUCUAAAGAGGAUGAUUUGAAGACUGCCAAGAAGAAAGCUGGAAAAUAA